UUCUGGGUUAUCCAUAAAAAUUCUGUAUUUCGAACGUAAAUUAGACAGGACCACAAGUGUCCUAAACGGAACUACAACUCCCUUUGCGCCGUGCGGGCGCAGCCUGGUGACGUCAUCACGCAGAGCAGCAGUCUGGCGGCAGGAAUCUGAGGCGUUAAGGGCGGAGGAGAAGAAGGGGGGGUUCAGGCGGCGGCGGCAUUAGGGAGCGACAUAAACAAAACAUGGCGGAAGGAGCUGCCGCCGCUGCGCAGGCUAAAGAGAGGCGGAAGGAGCAGCUCCGGCAGUGGGCCCGCUCCUGUACCAACCAGGAGGCGGCCGAGCCCCGGUGGCAGCGGCGCAGGAGGAGGACUGGCGACGGGAAAGACGAGGAUGACGGGGAGCCGGGCUCCCGGGGAGAAGGGGAUGGCCGCACUGUGCGGUUCGAGCGGGCGGCCGAGUUCCUGGCAGCCUGUGCCGGAGGAGACCUACUGGAGGCGGGGGAGAUGCUGAGGGGGGAGGCCGGGAAGGAGAUCAUUGACAGCACCAACACGGACGGCAUCAGCGCCCUGCACCAGGCGUGCAUAGAUGAAAACCUAGAAGUGGUAGAAUUCCUAGUAAACCAUGGGGCCAAUGUGAAUCAAGCGGACAACGAAGGAUGGACGCCUUUACAUGUCGCGGCCUCUUGUGGCUACAUGGAAAUUGCAGAGUAUCUCCUGAAGCAUUCGGCAAACAUUGCUGCUGUGAACAGUGACGGGGAUGUUCCACUGGACAUUGCUGAAGACGACUGUAUGGAGACCCUGCUCCGGGCUGAAAUCACAAAGAGAGGCAUCGACAUUGAGGUGGCCAAGAGGGAAGAGGAGGAGGUGAUGCUGCAGGAUGCCCGACAGUGGCUGAAUGCAGGGAGAAUAGAAGACACCAGGCAUCCAAAGACCGGGGCCAGUGCCCUGCACGUGGCAGCAGCCAAAGGCUACAUAGAGGUCAUGAGGCUUCUUCUUCAGGCCAAUUUUGAUCCAAAUGUUAAAGAUAAAGAUGGCUGGACACCCCUGCAUGCCGCUGCCCACUGGGGAGUGGAAGAGGCCUGUCGACUACUGGUGGAGAACUUCUGUGACAUGACCUCUCUCAAUAAUGUGGGUCAGAGGCCUUGCGAUGUUGCAGAUGAGGAGGUUGUUAAUCUUUUAGAAGAGCUGCAGAAGAAACAGGAAGAUUUGCGGAGCGAAAAAGAGGCAAAUCUUAAAAGAGCGGUUAUCGACACAGGCAUGGACCAACAGACUGUAAAUACAAGUAAAUACAGGAGAAGCUCUGUGUGCCGAAUGAGCAGCAAAGAGAAGAUAUCUGUGCAGGACCAGUCAAAGGAGAGGAAGACUCUGGGAAUGAUAACUGUUGGCGAUGAGGAAAGCUCUUCCAGCUCAGAAGAGGACAUUGGCUCCACCAAUGAUCCUAAAACGAAUGUGCAGGUCAAUGAAAAUGGAUUAUUGCCAGAGCCACAGAGGAGCACUUUGAGCCCGUCUUCACCUGACCAGAAGUUCUCUGGGGCACCAAGCAGCAUCACAGAGAAAUGCCAGCUUACCUUUUCCAACUUGAGGGCAGGCUUACGGAAAACGGGCAGCUUCGGGGCUCUGCAAGAUGCCAAAGUAGAGGACAGUAGCUUCAAAGAGCCAGGAAUCAAGCGCUCUGCUUCCAGCCCCCGACUGGACACCCAGGAGAGGAAUAAAGAGCCACGUAUGGCUCGUAUUCCUCCAACUCCAACAAGGAGGAUGUUCAAUCAGCCGGAGACAAAUCCUCUGCCAGAUGCCAAGAAAGAAGACUUAGAAGGUGGACUACAGAUGAAACUUGACAUGGUUCCCACCACACAAUUGCACACAAACACUUUGUCCAGCAUGACUGCCACUUCCUCCACCUCGUCCUCCAGUACAAGUUCAAGUACUGAUCCCAAAGACAAGCGAAGGUCAUAUCAAACACCUGUACGUGAUGAAGAAUCAGAGUCUCAAAGAAAAGCCCGCUCUCGGCUCAUGAGGCAGUCAAGGCGAUCUACUCAGGGUGUCACUCUCACUGACCUGAAGGAAGCUGAGAAGACUAUAGGGAAGUCUGUGGAUAUCCAGUCCAUUGAACUGAGAGAUGGUAAAGACAAGGAGCAGACUGAAGAAAAUAUGGAUCUGGUCCGAAGAUCUCGGCUAGCACUGAACACUGACACUGUCGCACCUGUAAAUACUGUGAAUUCUUCAACAAAGAAAGCACUUGAAAGUGUUGGCAAAGAAGAUCGAGAAACAGAAAACUCAAACCAUUUGGCAACAAGGGACCGAAGGAGAUGGAGGAAAGAGCUGCAAUCAGCAAAUAUAGGGGUAACAGAGAAUGAGGACACAGAGGUGGUAAACCACAAUGACACAUCUGGGCACAGGGUAACGGAAAGCUUAAACAGUAUUUUGCCAUUCAGAUCGGGGACAUACUCUUUUCCAAGGCACAAGGAUGAGUCUGACAAAGAUUACAAAAAGUUAUAUGAAGAUUUAAUGUCUGAAAAUGAGUCGAUGAGAGAACAGCUUCAAGAGGCAGAACUGAAACUCACCCAGUUAAAGCUGGAGCUGGAGCGGGUCACGCAGCGACAGGAGAGACAUGCAGAGAGACCUGCCUUGCUGGAGCUCGAGAGAUUUGAAAGAAGAGCAUUAGAACGAAAGGCAGCUGAGCUUGAAGAAGAGUUAAAGGUCCUCUCUGAUUUGAAGGCGGACAAUCAAAGACUGAAGGAUGAGAACGCAGCUCUGAUACGAGUGAUUAGCAAACUGUCCAAGUAAAAGCGCAGGGUAACAUCCUUCAGACGCUGCACGACCUGACACAAAAUCUUCAGCCUGUCUGGGCCAAAGACAGUCCUACAAGUCUGCUGGGCAAAAACUGCCGUCUUCCUGGAUUUGGUUGCAGAGAACACUGCGCUGGGAACAGAAAAACCAUCUUGUUUGACAUUGUGCUGCACACACUGGAGCCAGACAUUCAGAGCCUGCUUCCCGGUCUGCGAACGUCAAGGAAAUCUAAGAUCCUACUUUCUAAAAAAAAUUUUUUUUUUUUUUUUUUUUUUAUGUAUAAUCUAUAAAUAUAUAUUAGUAUGUAUAUCCACAUGUCCCCAAGUGAUGGCACUGGCAUCAGGUGAUGCCCGCGGACAAGUUUCUUCUCUUGGCUUCAUUCUUUGUCCUAACCAAUCGUAUGUUUAACCCAUGGGGCAACCACUGGACCUCCUCCCUGCCUGUCUAACUACAACUGUGAUAAACCCUCCUACAUCCACUCCAGCAAUCCUAACAUGUCUAUAGAGGAUGAGCGAUCACUCCACUCAGCAAUAACCAAGGGCCAUCCGAUGCUAUCCACCUGUUAUAUUAUGCACAGUUACCUCACGGUCUGCAGCCGUACACUAGGUAACCCCAUCUUUAUCUAAAAAUGGCGGUUGUAAGCUUUAGGUAAUGCAUCACCCCACAACUGUGAACACUGGCACAUGUCGUCGUAUUCCUGAAUGUACUUGUAUGCAGGACACGUUUUAGAGCUUUAGUUACACUGUUUAUGCUGCGUUCUCCAAACCGUAUGUAGUCCUUUCCAGUGUUUUAUGUGCUUGUGCUCUGCAGCUAAGGAUGUAAAGCGCUCCACUGCUUUAUCUGUUCUAGUAAACACUUGGAUUCCCCUGU